CCGCCCGCGCUGCCCAUCAUGGCGCUGGCUGCGGCCGAGCGGGGCCGCGGCUGCCUCGGGGCGCUGCGCCGGCUGCAAUGGAACCAAGUACGAAUAUUUGUGAAAUGGGCUUCAACGAUAGGAGGUCACAGCAUAGGGAAGAUCCUUAUUGCAAACCGAGGAGAAAUCGCCUGCAGGGUGAUGCGAACAGCCAAGAAAAUGGGGGUGAAGUCUGUGGCAGUUUAUAGUGAAGCAGACAGGAAUUCCAUGCAUGUUGCAAUGGCAGAUGAAGCAUAUUGCAUUGGUCCACCACCCUCACAGCAGAGUUACUUGGCCAUGGAGAAAAUACUGCAGGUGGCCAAGAUCUCAGCAGCACAGGCUAUUCAUCCGGGUUAUGGUUUCCUCUCAGAAAACACAGAGUUUGCAGAGCUGUGUAAGCAGCAGGGAAUCAUCUUCAUAGGUCCUCCUUCAUCUGCUAUCAGAGAUAUGGGUAUUAAAAGCACUUCCAAAGCUAUAAUGUCUGCUGCUGGCGUUCCUGUUGUUGAAGGUUAUCAUGGAGAAGAUCAGUCUGAUGAGUGUCUAAAGGAACAUGCCAGGAGAAUUGGAUACCCAGUAAUGAUUAAAGCUGUCCGUGGGGGUGGAGGGAAGGGCAUGAGGAUUGCUCAUUCAGAAAAGGAGUUUCUGGACCAACUAGAAUCAGCAAGGAGAGAAGCAAAGAAGUCUUUUAAUGAUGAUGCAAUGCUGAUUGAGAAAUUUGUAGAUAAUCCAAGGCAUGUUGAAGUCCAGGUAUUUGGUGACCAGCAUGGCAAUGCAGUGUAUUUGUUUGAAAGAGACUGCAGUGUACAAAGGAGGCAUCAGAAAAUCAUUGAAGAGGCACCAGGGCCAGGAAUUAGUCCAGAGGUUCGAAGGAGACUUGGAGAAGCUGCUGUCAAAGCAGCUAAAGCAGUGAAUUACGUGGGAGCAGGAACAGUCGAAUUUAUUAUGGACUCCCAACAUAAUUUUUAUUUCAUGGAGAUGAAUACCAGGCUGCAAGUAGAGCACCCAGUUACAGAGAUGAUCACUGGAACAGACUUGGUGGAAUGGCAGCUCAGGGUUGCAGCAGGAGAGAAGAUUCCUCUAAUGCAGGAAGAGAUCCUGCUCCAGGGCCAUGCAUUUGAAGCUAGAAUAUAUGCUGAAGACCCUAAUAAUAACUUUAUGCCAGGAGCUGGGCCACUGUUGCACUUAUCCACCCCCCCAGCAGAUCGUUUCACCAGGAUAGAGACUGGAGUCAGGCAAGGUGAUGAGGUUUCUGUGCAUUAUGACCCCAUGAUUGCAAAGCUGGUUGUUUGGGCUGAGGACCGACAGGCAGCUCUCAGAAAGCUGCGCUACAGUUUGCACCAGUACAAUAUUGUAGGACUAAGCACUAAUAUUGAUUUCUUACUGAGCCUGUCAGGACACCCACAGUUUGAGGCUGGAAAUGUGCACACUAAUUUCAUUCCUCAACACCAUGAUGAACUAUUUCCAGCCAAAAAGGCAACUCCACAUGAAGUUAUGUGUCAGGCAGCUCUAGGGCUCAUACUGAAAGAGAAGAUGCUAACAGAUGCUUUCAGAGAUCAGUCAGAUGAUAAAUUCUCACCAUUUGCAUCCAGCACUGGUAGAAGAAUAAAUAUAUGUUACACUAGAAAACUGUCUCUGCUGGAUGGGGAAAACAUUGUGGAUGUAGCUGUAACUUACAAUCAAGAUGGGUCAUACAAAAUGCAGAUUCAAGAUAAAGAGUUCCUGAUUUCUGGAGAGAUCUUGAAAGAAGGUGAUUCCCUUUACUUGAGGUCUUCAGUAAAUGGAACAGUGUCUAAGUCCAAGUUGGUCAUUUUGGACAACACCAUUUAUCUGUUCUUCCCGGAAGGCAGUGCUCAGAUUGGCCUCCCUGUGCCCAAAUACUUGUCUGCAGUGAGUUCAGGGGCAGAGCAAAGUGGAGCUGUGGCACCAAUGACAGGCACAGUAGAAAAGGUGUUUGUGAAGGCAGGGGAUAAGGUUCAGAUUGGAGACCCUCUAAUGGUUAUGAUAGCUAUGAAAAUGGAGCACACCAUAAGGGCUCCCAAGGCAGGAGUGAUUAAAAAGGUCAAUUUCCAAGAAGGUGCCCAGGCCAACAGGCAUGCUCCACUCGUUGAAUUCAUGGAUGAAGAGGCAGAGUCAAAAUAAAAUUCAAUGAAGUGAUUUGCGUGAGGAAAGGACUGGAAGAAGAUGUGAAACUCUGAAAGGUUCAGAGAGGUUAAUAAGGACUAUAAGGUACAGACAGGUUGGGUUCUUCUUAUUCACAGCUGCCUUUUUCCCCUUAAAUAUGUGAGGAUUGAUUUGAAGGAAAUCUAAAAGACUGUUUUUCUAUUUUCUGACAAAAUUCCUGUUUGUAUCUUAUGUUUCUGCCUUAAUAGGGAAUUCAGGAUUGUUCUUAGCCCAGAAUCUCUCUCAAUCAUUUCUGAUGCAUCUGUUUUUCCUGUUUACCUCAAUGAGUUGUGGAAAUUUGCAUUUCAAAAAUUAUUUUAAUAUACCUCAAAAUACGUGAUGCAAACCAUUUCUCAAAUACAUUUGCUACACUAAUCAAAGUUAAAAUGUAACUGCUUUCCAAAAAUACCAUUUGAACUUUAAACAUUAAGUAGUAACAUAGAAAUAUAAGCUUAUUUAAUACUUAGUGUGCCAAAAUACAAUACUGACUUCAAAAUCUUCAUUACUGUUACCAUAUUGUUCAUGUCCUAAUGUAUUUCUUAUUGGCUGGAAUGAAGUACACCACAGUCUUUAUAACAUGAAACGUUACUAAGAAUAAUGGAUUUUUUUUUUUUUUUGUAUCUGCAGGGUUUCAGAAGGGAAAAUUGGUAGGUUUUUGGAUAUGCAAAGAAAAAGAAUUCUCAGACUAAGCAUACUGAUAAUUUGCCAUAAUUUUAACUUAUUUAACCAGCACCUUAGAGAAACAAGGGAAAGAAAAAAAUGUUUUAAUUGUUGCAAACUUCGAAAGUCUUUUCAUUUUUCGGUUAAUGUGAAGUUCUGUUACCAUGUGAAGUUUUGAUAUGCUAAUUUAAUUAAAUAAUCUGUUUUCUGCUGCAGAAAGGAACAAUCAGAUGCUGCAGUGAUCCCAAGCCUGUAGUUAAAUCUGUGCAAAUGGACCCUUACCUGAAAUCUCAUUUCUGAAUCAAUAUACAGUAUCAUGGGGAAUUCUCUGGUCUGCUUUUAUAAUUGUGCAGCCUUGUCUGCAAUGCAGAAAAAAAGUGAUGAAAAAGCAAUGACUCUGGAUGAUCAGUGUAUUAAAAACAUAUUUUAAUACUUCAUAAUUUUCCUUCCAAUCUUACGGUCACCUAGCAAAUAAUUAAAUUCCAGUGAUCAUCUUGUAGAAUAUUGCCACUAUUAUUUGUAUUUACUGCCAAAUAAAAAUCAAGCAUAACUUGGAA